AUAUAUGAACCAUCCUGUUAACACAGAGGUGUAUGUGGUUUUAUGCAUAUUGUUUCAGGUCUGCAGGUGAAGGUGACUCCUUCUGCAGAGGGACAGAAGACACUGACCUGUAGCACCACCUGUACUCUGACUGACAACCCCACCUACAUCUGGUACAAGAACGGACAACAUCUAGAUGAGAGCACCUCCCCCCAGUACAAAGACCCAGUCUCCAGUAACUAUGAAGACAGUUACUCCUGUGCUGUAAAAGGCCAUGAGGAUCUCCACUCUCCUGCAGUUUGUGUUCAGGGUCAGAGCUGCAACAGAGUGACUUACACCAAGAGGAGAAUCUGUGUCUUGAAGGAGUCAACAGUGGACAUAUCCUGUACUUAUGUUGGUUAUUAUUCCACCACAUCAUCAUUCUGGCUUAGAAGUGAUAAGUCGACCCCUGAAGACCUAACCACAGACCCAGGGUAUGCAGGUCGUGUGGAGUACACUGGAACAUACAGAGGUCCCUUCACCCUGAGAAUCACAGAUCUGAGAGAGGAGGACUCAGCUGAGUAUCGCUUCACUUUUAAAGCAAACAACUUUGAAUGGGGUCAUAGUUUCCCAGGAACAACUCUGUCUGUCACAGGUCUGCAGGUGAAGGUGACUCCUGCUGCAGAGGGACAGAAGACACUGACCUGUAUCACCACCUGUACUCUGACUGACAACCCCACCUACAUCUGGUACAAGAACGGACAACGUCUAGAUGGGCCCACUUCCCAACAAUACUCUAGUAAUAUCCUAGUAGUGUUGGGUCAUUCUGUAGACAGUUACUCCUGUACUGUAGAACACCAUGAGGACCUCCACUCUCCUGCAGUGUAUGCUCCAAGGAACACCUCAGUGUCAGUCAGUCCCUCUGGUGAAAUAGUGGAGGGCAGUUCAGUGACUCUGACCUGCAGCAGUGAUGCCUACCCACCUGUGGACAAAUACACCUGGUACAAGAAGAACGUAACCUCACCAAAAGCAUCAGGACAGAGUUACAGCAUCACUAACAUCCUCUCUGAGGACAGAGGAGAAUAUUACUGUGAGGCCCAGAAUGGAAGAGGAUCUAUGAACUCUACAGCUCUGAUGAUCAUUGUAGCAGGGAAACAAACAUCAGUUGUGACUGCAGCUGUAGGAAUCAUAGUGGUUGUUCUGGUUCUCAUCCUCUGUUUCUCUGGAUUCAUGUGGUUCAGGAGAUCCACAGGAGGAAGUAAUGCCACAGCAGACACACAGAGUGUCCGUCCUGACUGUAACAGUGACACGUACACAGCUCUGAACAUGAGGACCUUGUCCCCUGACUACGACACUCUGAUAAGUGUCCAUCCUGACCCUAACAGUGAUACGUACACACCUCUGAACAUGAAGACCAGGUCACCAGAGUAUGACACCCUGGCAAAUGUGAGGGGAAUCUCCCACUGAAGAGUAUCACCACAGAACCUGGACUGAAGAGAACAACCACAGAUCCUGGACUGAAGAGAGGCACCAUAGAUCCUGGACUGAAGAGAAGCACCAUAGAUCCUGGACUGAAGA